GGCGGCCUCUAUUUGAGGGCGGCUUCUAUUCGAGAAAAUACGGUACCUUCUUCGCUGCGCAGAAUUAGAGAACAUCAGCAACAUUUGCCGCUGUGGCGUAGCAUCAUACCAUUUCAAUCUGGAUGUAUUGAGCAAUGGAGAUUGUGAUUGACCUAGAAAAAUAUUCUACUCAUGCUUUCCAUAUUCACCAACCUAGAGCCGAGCAAAAUACAAAGUAGAAAAUUAGUUGAGAUGGCUUGAAAGGGUUAUGGCAAGAGACUUAAGUGGAGAGGAGAUUCUUGAGGGGUUCCUCUGUCCAAUUUGUAUGAAAGACUUAAGAACUCCAUCACAGCUCUCAGCUCAUUUCGAGGAGUUUCAUGCUGACGACAAGGAUAUUCUUCGACAACUUAGGACUGUUUUUGGACGUGCAAAGAAUAAGAUACUGAAAAAGGAGGAUGCUGCAGCACAAAGUGACCAAAAUUUUGAUGUAAACAAUGCCUUUACCAGUAGAGGUACUCCUGGAUCCGGUGGCAUCGAUAUAUCAUUAUGGGAUACACAAACUCUGGGUAGUACAAGGCAGCAUACCAAUGAUUUUAAAAAGAUAAGGAAAGAGAAAAUCGAAAAAUUUGUUGCAGAGAGAAAUAAUAUAUUGAUCAGACUUGACAAGCUUAUCAAGUCUGGGAUAUACAAUUCAGAAAAAACUAUAGCUGUUGCCUUAAAAGCGCGGAAAGAUGUUGAAAGACGUGUUGUUCCUUGGGAGAAUGAUGGAGAUGUCAAGUUUUGCAGACUAUGUUUCAAGAAAUUUAAUGUUUUAGUACGCAGACAUCACUGUAGAUUAUGUGGAAGAGUAUUUUGUGGCGAAUGUUGUGAUUUCAUCAACCCUUCAGAAGCAAGCAACAUCAUGAGCAAUAAGGUUUCAUCUCUUGGUAAGGACUUAGUUGAAAAUGGAAAUGAUGACAAGUCUGGGAUUCGUGCAUGCUUCUCAUGUUUAGAAAUCCUACAAAAGUAUUCUGAUGACAAAGUUGAGAGUCAAACGAAGCCAGAGCUUGUUGCACUGUAUGAGAGACUCAAGACAAACAUGUCAGAAUGUGAUGUCUUAUUACCAAAAUUCAUCAAAAUGGCAGAAUCUAUCAACAUUGGUGAAGCUGAAUACAGUUUAGAAACAGCAACCGAAACGAGAGUGGAGUUGUUUAAAAUGUUUGAAUUUAUUGAUGGCUUGAGUAAAAGGAUUCAAUUUUUGGGAACAAAGGGAGAAAAGCAGCCCCAUCCACAUACACUGAAGCUACAGAGGCAGAUAAGGAACUUUGCAGCUAAUUACCUUCAAGCGUAUAUGUUCACAACGCCUUCAAUACCAACCGCAGACCAAUAUCGCGAACUUGUUCGUAUGAACGAGGAGAAACGAGCGAGGGAAAGGCAGGAAGAGAAACAGCGGAUGAUUAAUGCGUCCCUUACGGGCAAAGAAAUUCCAGGUGGCCAAAGGCAAGUGGCCUCAGUCCCGCGGAAAGGGGCAGCAGAGAGCGGGAGUCGGGCUGUUGCUAAUGCACAACCGCGCUCGGCAGCCGCCAAAUCCGAUGAUGACUCAACUACAUCAGAAGAUGAUGGUGGUGGGAUACUAGGAGGGAUCUUUACGGGGGCUGGGUUACGGUCGAGGUUCAGCAAGAAAAUUCAAAAGCCAUUCACGGCUGUAUCAAUCACAAAAACAAACAAUAAGGGUUGGGGGCCAGUUCAAGUGACUAUGAGUGAGUCCCCGGACCCAAUGAUACAGCAAAUGGAUAUUAUACGGGGUUACAUCAAACAGGCAAAACAAGAGAGAAAAUUCGAAGAAGUUGCCUUAUUCGAACAGAAUUUAAAAGAGCUAGAAUUGGAAUAUAUGAGACAAAGGCAAGGAAGAUGGUAGUGUCAAUGCUAGUGUAGUUGUAAUUAUAAGGCGCUUUUUAAGUUGGAAAUGUUUUACGGUGGAAUGGUGCGUUUAUAGUCAUGUCAGGUUUUUUAAGAUUGAAUUUGUCCCUAAGUUUUAUCCAAGCAUAAAACACCCAAAAGUUCAGAAGCCUCACCCGAAAGUUUUCUCGGAAAAGGUUAAUGGUCGUCUUUGCGCAAGUGCGUACAUUACUUAUUUUAUUCAAACAAUCUUUUGGUGGUACAAAACUUGAAAAUGGCUUUCACAGUAGUGUGUAGACAAAAGGAGUUCGUUUUCACCUUAGGACUCCAUUGGUAACAUUCUCAAUAGGCAAGCGGCACUAAUUGGUCAACCUCAACAGUCAUGUGCUCGUGUUUCUAAUUGGCCUAUUUCGAUCCACAACUGGGUAUAUAUAUUUCCUAGCGUAGAGUUUUCGAUCUAUGUUCUGACGUUUUAAACUCUGAAUAGUGUCAGAUGAAAAGCUUUAGUUUACUAAAUGUUUGCUUUUUUCAAAGCUACUUGCUUUAUUCAAAGCCCCAAACAAUAAACAAAUGGCAAUUUCUGAGAACAAAGAACAACUGUUAAUUUUUGCCCAACUAAAUGGAUAAGUCCUGGACAAAACUCUGGCUUCAAUCAGCGGCUCUCAACAAAUAUUUUGUUUUUGCUCUACCAUGCCAGUUUCUGAUAUGACGGUUAAAAGAAUAACUUGUGCUCAGUUAUUAGAGGGGCGCUAAUUUAUCUUUCAACAAACAUUUCUUCUGCUCUUAGUUUUUUAAAAUUGCCUUUUUAAAUGUUAAGACCUGUACUAUAGAUUUUUGUUGCAAAUUAUGAUUGUUGGUUAGAGCUUUUGUUAUUAAUUUUCUUCUAUGAUGCUCGUACAUUAAUAUUCAAACUUUAGUUCCCUAAAAUUUGUCUCCGUACAUUGCAUAGCUAUUGAGACAUUUUUUGAAGAAUCGAAACAUUAAUGAGGUAACUCUAAAAGUGGGUAUUACACCAGUACCAUUACCUAGACCAGUUCUAAGCUGCAACUUCAAGUUUAACGCUUAAUGCGAUCAUUAAAUCAGCUGUUGCCUUUUGCCUGAUGAUUGCAUUAGCUUAACCUCAGAAUUGAGACUUAGAACCAUCCUGUUCUAUGCAGUAAAGCGUGUACAGCUCUGCCUUUACGGCAUCGAGCACUAUUUGACCGAUCGUUAAUAUAGUAAUUUUCCUAUACAAUUACCUUAUGCAGCUAUUCAAUUUGUGCUAUUUGAUUAUAGAUAUAGAUACAGUGUUUUCAUUCUGUAAUACAUGAAGUACUUCGUUUGCUCUAGAAGUGUGCUUCUCUCCAAGGGCUAUACUUUAUUUAUCUGCGCUAGGUACGAAGAGGACCCAUUUUAAAGUGUUGUCUUUGACGCCAUAUCGUUGAUUUUUGGAUAAGCAAAUUAUUCAUAAAGCCAAAUCGAAGUUUCGUGAGUUGUAAAUAGAAAUUUUCUCUGGAGAUGCUGACUAUCAAAUGUGACCCAUGCCUUUGUCUUCAUUUUGUUAUAGUGCCCUGUUGUGACGAUUAAUUUCUUGCGAAGUUGAAAUAAUGUGAAGAAAAAUGUGAAAAAUAUAUUUUAACAAAAUACGAACAAGGCUCAAACCUUAACAAAUAUUUUACAGAAAGGUGCGCUUUUAGAAGCCAUGCACCAGUAAUUUUUGACAACUGGCUCUGAAUAAAUUUUCCUGCUAAAAUUAUUAUUAUACCAUUUUCAAUGUAUAAAUGUUUAAUUAAAAAUGGCAUAAUAAUAUGUAUUUAUUCCGUUUAUAUGUAUAGUUAUGUGAUUGCGUAUAAUAUUAUGUGAUAUUGAAAUGAACUAUUAUGUAA